AGAAGCCCACUGCACUUGGCUGCCUAUAAGGGCCACAUUGAGGUUGUGCGUAUCCUGCUUAAAGCUGGGUGCGACCUGGACAUCCAAGACGACGUGAGUAGAUUCGCCGGCGGUCUGUCUGCUGCGUCGGCCAUAUUCCCACUUUCCAUCCACCUCCAAAUCACACUCCAGUCCUGAUCGGUGGUUACAAGCAGCUGCUUCUCUUUUUGCUUUUAGCACUCUUGAGUUAGAAUAAUAUAUUUUUUUAGACUUUAUAUUCUUCCUUUUUUUUUUUUAAACACAAAUACAACUGUAGUAUAAUGACCUCUAGUGGCCUUGAGUGGGACUCUUUGGACUUCCCACUGGUGGGAUGCAAAUCCCCCUUCCUAUCAGAAAGCAAUAACCCAGAUCUCGGGCACAACCAAAUUCACUCUGUGUGGUCAAUGAGCUUCACGACAGGCUGCAGUACAUCCUCCAGGACUGGAGAGAGCAGGAGGUGCAGACUGAGGCAGGAGGAGGAGGAGGAGGAGGAGCAGGAGGGGAGAAGACAGUGGAGGAGGGCUGGGAGAGUGAAGGAGGGAGAGCAGACGGCAUUACACCGGGCUGCUGUGGUGGGUAACGGUGAUGUCAUCAGCGCUCUCAUCCAGGAAGGAUGUGCACUGGACAGACAGGAUAAGGAUGGAAACACGGCUCUGCAUGAAGUGUCCUGGCACGGCUUCAGCCAGUCUGUCAAACUGCUGGUGAAAGCCGGAGCCAACGUUCAUGCCAAAAACAAGGCAGGAAACACAUCUCUCCACCUUGCAUGUCAGAAUGGUCAUGCUCAGAGUUCCAAGGUUCUGCUGCUGGGAGGCUCCAGGCCUGACAGCAAGAACCACUUGGGGGAAACCUGUCUCCAUGUGGCCGCCCGCUACAACCACAUAGCUAUCAUCCGCAUCCUGCUGGGAGUCUUUUGCUCUGUGUCUGAUAAGAACCUGGCUGGAGACACGCCGCUUCACGUGGCUGCUGCUCUGAAUCAUAAGAAAACAGUACGCCUGCUGCUGGAGGCAGGGGGAGACAGCCGCAUCUGCAACAAUGCAGGUGAAACAGCUUUGGACACGGCUCGAGAACACAACAACCCAGAUGUGGCUCUGCUUCUCACCAAAGCUCCACAGGUGCAGAGCUUUGCGCGUGGCAGGAGUGUGAGGAAGAGGAGAGACAAGCUGAAGGCAGAAGGCAGAGCUCAGUCGGUGCCUAGAGACGAGAUGCUGCCCUGUAAGGACAGUGCUUCUGCUGCGGACGACAGCCAGAGCAGUGACCGAGCUGCGUGCAAACACACCAACGUGACUGAAUCGCACACCAAGAGGGCGAAGAACAGGAAGCCGAAGGAAAAGCCGGUUUUGUCUGACCCGCUGCGCCGCAGAGAGACGAGACACAGCGAAGCCUUUCUCAGGAGGAAGGCACAGCUGCGAGCGGUGUCUCCGAACGCAACCACUCCUCCACACAACUUCAAAGCCUAUCAGCUUUACACACUGUACCGUGGCAAGGAUGGCAAGAUCAUGCAGGCUCCUCUGAACGGCUGCCGCUGUGAACCUCUCAUCAGCAAACUGGAGAACCAGCUGGAGGCCACUAAGGAGGAGAUGAAGACUGAGAUCCACACUGUGCAAGACCUGAUGAACAGCAAGAUGGGCCAGCUCGACCGCAAGAACAAGCACCAGAUCCGUGCUCUUGAUAAGAUAACAGUGGAGAGAGUGUCGGCCGAGAGGAGCGAGUGUCUGCAGAGGAUGGAGCAGCUGACUGUGCAGGAGCGACUGGAGGCAGAGAAGAGACAGCAGGUAUCUCUGAUGAGUGACUUGAAGAGCUGGUGUCUGUCCAAACUGCAGAACAUGGAGUUCCGCUUCACAGGAGACUCGGGCAGGAGUAAGACGCAGCUGCUGCAGCGCUCCUCCUCGCUGGCUGAAGAUCUGACUGAAGCUGACGGAGCUGAUGGAAGCGGCCUCACCGCUCUGUCUGCAGGGGAUGAGGGCGCCUCACACAGCCCUGAGAUCCACACCAGUCCUACACUCCUGGACUCUGAUCAUGGUGAUGUCAGCGUGCCUGAGAGUGGAUCCGCCAACCAUUACUUUGUCGUUCAUAUGGAGAGCUCACCAGAUGGCGAUAAAGCACAGAAGGCAGAAGCCACCUCUCCUGCAGUGAAGAAGAAGCAGCUGUCAUCUGUCCAGGUGGUGCGGCCAAAAGAGCGCUCAGCGAUAUGUGCCGACACCCAGAGGAAGAACCAGGACCUGCACGACGCGAGCGUGCCCGAGUGCGGCGCGAGUGGGGGCAGAGGUCACCGAGCCAGCAGCCUGUCCCCUGCCACAGAGCGCCGCUGCAGCAGCAGGACAGACGCUGGAGUCCGAGACAAGGAGCGAGGCCGUGACCGAGGGAAGCACCAUAAAAAACAUUCCCAGGGCAGGACUCACUCCAGAGGAGCGAGAGGAGCCCGGACCCUGGAGGUGUGCGCGGAGCAGCCCGGCGACGCCUCGUUCGCUCAGGAGCGCGACAACAUGCACGCCCUGGAGGUGACGCAGUACUUCUUUGAGGCGGUGUCCACGCAGAUGGAGCGCUGGUACGAGAGGAAGGUGCAGGAGGCUCGAUGGCAGGCCGGUCAGAGAGCGGAGGCCGAGAGGGCUGCUCUGGUGGAGCGCAUCACUUAUCUGGAGGACGAGCUGCGCAUGCUGAGGACCGACCGACACGAGUGCUGACAGAAACCACACGGGAUUACGUUUUUAUCUUAAUCCAACAGACGCCAUGUGUCAUGUUUUCUUCCUGGACGACCAGAGCUACUGAAUUCUAGCUUCUUUUUUUAUACAUUUGACUUAAAGCCUAAACCCUGACGGACGUCAUGGUCGAUGUGUACAUACAGAACUAUAGAAAUAGAGGCAGCUCUUGUGCACUGUGCUGUAAAUAACCCAGUAACUGUAAAGCUAGACAUUGAACUGAUGCAUCAACACUGUGUCCACAAACAUAACUGCUCAGACACGGUGUCUUCACAUGGGACACGGUGUCACACAGUGGUCGUCUGCAUGGAGGGAAUCACAGAAUAAUAAGCUUCUAUUACAUGAAACCACCCACUGAUUAUUAGACUUAGCUGACACUGU